UAAUCUACAGUGUACACUGAAAUUUAUGAUAUAAGGAUAGCAUGUGAGGCACUGAUGUUAGGUAACUUAGUUUAAUUGGGUUGAUGGCAGCUGUGCUACACGAUAAGGGUCACAUGAUGAUGUGUUGUCGUCGAUUCAGGAGAAUUUAUCUCUCUUUUUCAAACCAAACCACUAUAAAUAGUAAAAUAGCUUUGUAUUAUUAGUCAUCAAUCUCAAUAUGGAGAACAGCAAAAUCUCAGAAGAAGAGAAAUGGUGGGGAGAUAAACAUUUAGAGCAGAUCAAUGGCUUCUGGUUCAUGCCUCUUUUUAUCCCCAGAAUUCACCGAGUGCUAGCCGAGUUCAACCCACGUCCCAGCGACGUAAUCUUGAGUUCCUUUCCUAAAACCGGCACCACAUGGCUCAAAUCUCUUCUUUACUCCAUCAUCAAUCGCUCCUCUCUUGAUUCUCUGGUCCACAACAACCCCCACGACCUCGUCCCUUUCCUAGAAAUUCAAGUCUAUGGAGACCAAGAAUCAUCGGAAUCAUCAACUCAACUGUCGUCCGAGGAUACCACUAGACUUUUCCAUACACAUAUUCCUUACCAACUGCUUGGCAAAACCUUGGAAUCCUCGGGCUGUCGUGUGGUUUAUGUUGCCAGGAACCCAAAGGACACCUUAAAUUCUCUCUGGCAUUUCGCCAAUAAGUGGAAGAUGGCCGAGGAAGCGCCGUGGGAGUUGGAAGAAGCCGUGGAGAAAUUUCUUCGUGGGACUGUCCUAUCCGGACCUUACUACGAGCAUGUAUUAGGGUACAGAAUGGCUAGUUUGAAGAAUCCUAGUAAAUUCUUCUUUAUUACUUAUGAAGAGUUAAAAGAUGAUACUAAAACUCAUGUUAAAAGAUUGGUUGAGUUUUUAGGUUGUUCUUUUGCGGGCAGCGAGGAGGAUAAGGAAGUGGAAGAGAUAGUUAAGUGUUGUAGCUUUGAGGUUUUGAAGAAUCAUGAGGUGAAUAAGUCUGAGAAUUGUCCUGAUUGGUUUCCAACUCCUUAUAAUUCAUUUUUUUAGACAAGGAAAGGUGGGUGACCAUACAACUUACUUCAGUGAUGAGGCUAUCAAAAGUAUAGAUGCACUUACUGAGGAGAAAUUUCACAAAUCUGGUUUUAUUUAUGGGAUUUAGUGU